AUGCAUGUGAAAGGAUCACGCCAUCGUGUCGCAGAGUCCAAGCUUAAGGAAAGAGAACUAUCACGGCAAGAUGAGAUAAAUAAGAGGAUAGCCUUGUCAGAUGGUUCUAUCUCCAUUGCUUGCAAUGGUACAUUGGCACAAGCAGGCAAUGGUACAUCGGCACAACAACAUAGUUGGGCUAGCAAACCACUGAUUGAAUGGACAAGGAAGGCUGCUUUGGAGGUAAUUUGCAACAAAACUCCACAGCAAAGCACGUCAUUUGAAUAUUGUGAUGCCAAAACUCGGAGUCAUUUCACAAAUGGAGAGUCUACUUCUGAUAGUAAGCAUUGUUCUGUUGAAAUAGAAGCAGCUAGUAAGAAAGUUGUGUCGCGGCAAUCAGAUUUUCGAGAACAUCGAGAAAGAGAACUCAAGUUCAUUGCUGCUGGUUGGAAGCGUGACUGCCAUGGGGGGUGGUUCAGAGACGAAAAUGUUGAGUUUGACUCUGACGAAGAAGAUCCAAAUAUCUGCCUUGCAUGACGAGCAAGUGGAAUCAUCUCACAAAUUUUCUGCUUGUCAUGCAGAGGCAAUGCUUGCUCAAUUGAUGAAGAGCUGGUGCAGCAAAAUUUUGGUCACGCAUGAUAUGCCAUGAUGAGGGAGGUGACUAGCCAGCUUUUAUAGAAAUGUCUUGAAGACAGUUUGUGGUCACUACAUAGCUCACAGUGAUUAUUGACGUCCUGAUGCAGUUUCAAAUUUUAGUUUUACGCUGACCUUCUUGUAUUCACCUUGCCCAAGAGGCUGGACAUUGUUGCGAUGACACUGGUUGGUCUUGGCAGCUGAUCGGGGCACUGGAUGCCAUGAAGUCGUCUUGGAUGAAAGCCUUUGCUCUGAGCUCAACCUUUACAUUUCUUUUUCCCACUUUAUCUGUUGGCACUGUGUUUUAAAUAGUACAAAUUAUAUCUCUUAGGGCUUGUUUGGUGUGUGUCUUUUUUUUUUUUUUUUUUGGAGGGGGGAGAAUAAACUUCUUUAAACCCAUGUUUGACAACUAUGCAUUUAGUCUAAGGUUUG